AUGUCAGCCAGCCGCCCCAAGGGGCGCGCGGCAUCCCAGCGCCCGACCUCGCGUUCCAAGCGAGCCCAAAAGCCCCGGCACCAGCCGCCCAGCCUCGUCCACCUCCUGGAGUUCGACGCCGGCGGCCUCAACUUCGCGUCCGAGCUCUGCGGCUUCGUCGGCGUCGACGUGCUCGACCGCCUCGAGGCCGUGAGCGGCGGCGCGAAACGCGCCGUGGGCCUGUCGCCCAUCUCGCUCACGCUCACCGCAAAAGAGGAGGCGGCGCCGCUCGCCGCGGUUUUAGCGGCGCACCCGCUGCGGCGGCCGCUGCGGCGCGCCGCGCGCGCCGGGUCGCUCGUCGUGCUCUUCGCGGGCGAGAAGGGCGCGUGCCCCGGCGGGCGCGCGCACGUGCGCCUGAAGCGCGACCCCGGCGCGCCGCUCUACCGGCGCGCGGGCGAGGCGCCGGGCGUCGUCGCGGAAGUCGCCGCGGGCGCGCGGACGGAUCCGCUCGCCGAGGCCGGGUUGGUCAUCAUCGACACGUCGGGCCUGGGCUCGUCGGCGCGGUGCCGGCGGCUCGCGCGGCGCCUCGAGGCGGAGAGCCGCCGGCACCGGCUCUGCGCGUCGCCGCUCCGGGGCGCGGGCGCCGCGCUCGGCGCGUGCCUCGACGCGGCCGCGGCGGCUUUAUCGAAAAAGCUCGGCAACUGCGGCGGCAAGGACGUGGGCCGGUUCUUGGUGGCGUUGGCCGCGCGGGCGUUGGACGCGCCGGACCAGCGCGUGGACGUCGACGACUUCGAGGCCGCGGCGCGCGCGGCGCCGCGCGGCGAGACGCGCGACCGCGCGGCGCGCGGCACGGCGCGCGCGGCCCUCGACGGCGCGGCGCUCUUCGCGCUGGCGCUGGCUGGGGACCUCCCGCCGCUCGUGAAGGCGUCCGAGUCGGCGGCGGCCUUCGCGCACCCGUGGGUCGCGGCGGCUUUGGCGAGCCGAUUCCGCACGGCCGCCGCGCUCCUCGAGCACCGCGCCCCCCGGGGCCCGCCGCCGGCCUGGCGCCUGCCGGCGCUGCUGGCCUUCGCUGCGUUAGACACGCAACAGGACCGCGACAAGUGCCUCGACGCGCUCGCGCGGCGCGCGACGCCGCUGUCGGACGGCGACGGCGUCCACGUCUGCGAGGAGCACGGCGGCGUGACGAUGAAGGCGGCCGUCGUCGUCGACGCGGCGCCGGACGUCGCGGACCGGCGGCCCUUCGGGCCGCUGAGCUCGCACGUGGUUGUGAAGUUAUCAACAGCCGGCGUGCCCAAGGGCUCCGACGCGUACCGGGCCGCGGCGAACGCCGGGGCAGGAAAAGAGUGCGAAAUUCCCAACUUCAAAGGCUCCGAUCUCGGUCGUUUUCCACUCGUUUCGGCUGAUUUUUGGACGAGCGAUCAUCUCUCGGAACGGUCUCGAAGCAUGGAUGCUUUUUCCGGAACGCGCGCGCGCGGAACACUCAAGUUGAAGCGACGUUGA